AUGUGCCAUUGCUUAGCAAUGAGUGUUUCUGGAAAGAGAAUCAUCGGAAUGCCUACUCUGCUGCUCUAUGAGGCUGAAGGCUGCACCGCUCUCAUUCAGACGCGUGAUGGCUCUAUUUAUCGUGGUAUCAUCAUGGAGGUGCAGGACAACUGGAACUUAAAUAUGAAAAACGUGACCAUGAAGACAAAGUACUCAAAUGAAAUCAUUCCUUUCGAAAUGUUGUUUAUUCGAGGAGCCCAGAUCUCGUUCAUCGUUCUCCCCGAAAUGUUUAAACACUCGCCCAUGUUCCAGAGAGUCAUCGAUUUCAAGAACGACAGACCCUGCUAUUCGAAACGCGGCUCGUCGCUGUACUUUCUUGAUAUGCUCGCUUAUUCGUAG